AUUACUCUUACUCAAAUAAAAUCUCUCUUCCUUUUUAUUUGUUCGAAGGAAAAAAAAGAAAAAAUAAAUCAAAGAACGCGAUCGAUCAAUCGAAACGUAAUUAAUAUGUCAAUAACGGAAGCACAUUUCGUUAUAUCCCGUCAACAUUUAAAGUAGUGCAAAAUUAUAAUAUGAAAGAAAAUGCGUUAAUAAGAAUAAAAAUAUCGAACGUUACGUUUGCAAAGAAAUUUUAUUAAAAUAUGUAUCUAAAUGAAAGAUGCUUCAUCUUCAUCUUCGAUAAUAACUGCCCAGAAAAGUUUAAAUUUUCAGAUAAACGUGACAUAGCCUAUGUAGAAAAUUGUUGUUAAAUUUAUCCGUAGAAAUAUUUAAGUAAUCGAGGCACAUAAAUGCUUAGUUGUCCUCCACAAUGUCCGACAUUGAGACGUCAAAUUAGGGAAGAAGUUAAAAAAUCAGGUUGGACAGAUGAAUAUAUGCGAAACAUCAUCGAUGUCCAGAGAGUGGACAUCACAGAGGAUUGGGAUCGAAAGGUGAAACCGGAUCCACGUAAAAGAAUUCGUAAAGUACCGUUAGAUCCUUCUAAACGAGUAACCAGAGAGCCAGCGAUAGAAUAUGACGAUCGAUAUAAGGAAAAACCUAAACGAAAAGAAUAUCCCGAUAAAAUAGUUCAAAAUUCUAUACGUAUCACUGAUGUCAAAGAAGUUAUCGAUAAGGAUGAAAUUCCUUUGGCUUCAUUGAAACAAGAAACUAUUUAUUAUACCGAAGAAAAGGAAAUCGCACGUGUAGCUCCGUUAGUUAAAAAAGUUAGCCCUGAAGUAUCGAGACCAGGAAUACCGAAAGAAAGAAGAGUUGAAAGACCGAUCGAAGAACGGGUUUAUGACGAAGAACAGGUGAAAGAUACUGCGGCAAUUCAAUACAGAAUCGAUUCUGAAGAAAUCGAUGACAGUUCUCGGAUACCUGUUGAUAGCAAAAUAACAGUAAAGGAUCAAGAAAAACCUAGAAUCGCGGAUGAUAAGAUCAAAAUUAAACGUAGAGACGAUUCUCCAGAUAGUUAUUACAAAUAUACACCUAAGGAACUUUCAACCGAUUGGCCGCGCGAUGGUUGUGACGAAGCUUGUCUCGCAAGAGUAUUAAAAGAACGUGCUGAAAGAUUGUUGGAAGAAAAGAAGAAGGAUGAUCGUUACUUGACGACAGGACUAAGUUAUUUCGACGAUGUUUGUACCUGUUCUCUUAGUUGUAUGAUACAUACUUUGAAAAAAGAUCGUUUCGUGCGUGGUAUAUUAACGUCCGCAAUUUUAUUCUCCCUUGGUAUAAAACUAUGUUCGGAAUUAUAUGGCUGGUACUUACCCAAUCGCACUUGACAAAACUUGGCUAAUUUUUACGAAGGAAUGAAAGAACAAAAUCAAAAAAAAAACGAAAAGAAAGAAAAAAGACAAAUGUCAAUUUCUACUUUAGGAAGCUUAAAUUUAAUAAAAAUAAAUAUAAUCAUAUUUGUUUAAUAUUUCGCAA